GCAGAGCCUGGGGGGGGCCAGUGGAUGAUCUUCAGGCCUGGGAUUCGGGGAGUCCGAGGGAGUGGCCUCAGCAGAGAUGUCAGGGCCCUCAGUGACCGUCACUGUCACCUACAUAUUGAAGAAUAUUACAUAAACUUAGUUGAUAAUGCAGCAGCACGGUUUGAAAGGAUUGACUUCCAUUUUGAAAGAAGUUCUACUGUGGGUAAAAUGCUACCAAACACCAUCACAUGUUACAGAGAAAUCUUUUAUGAAAGGAAGAGUCAACCAAUGCAGCAAACUUCAUUGUUGUCUUAUUUAAAGAAAUUGCCACAGCCAUCCCAACCUUCAGCAUCUACCAUCCUGAUCAAUCAGCAGCCAUCAGUAUCAAGGCAAGACCCUCCACCAGCAAAAAGAUUAUGACUUGCUGAAGGCUCAGAUGAUGGUUAGGAUUUUUUAUUAAGAAUUUUGGAAUUAAGAUAAUGAAAAACAUAACAUUCAAGUUGUUGCACAACAAGGAAACAGUGAACCAACCCUUCAGGACAUGGCUCUUCUCAUUGAACAAGUUACUGGAGUUCCGCUUGCUUUUCAGAAAUUAAUAUAUAAAGGAAAAUCUCUAAAAGAAAUGGAACAGCCAUUGUCAGCACUUGGAGUGAAAAAUGGUUGCAGAGUGAUGUUGAUUGGGAAGAAGAACAGUCCAGAGGAAGAGGCUGAAUUAAAGAAAUUAAGAGACUUAGAGAAGGUAGUGGAGAAGACUGCUGAUCAACUAGUGGGUGUUAAUGAAGAACUUGUUGGUAUCCAGAAGGGUUUUCUAGCCAAGGACUUGCGAGCGGAAGCUCUCAGCAAACUUGACAAGAGAGUAAAAGGAAUUGUUGAGCAGUUUAUGAAGAUCUUGGAACAGAUUGAUUCAUUAACUUACAAUAGCUGCCAGGCCCCUCUUGCUGAGCAGGACUUCCAGUCCUCGACUCCCUCCUGUCCAACUCUCUUCCGUUGCUGCUUAUGUCCCAAAGUGACAGAAACCGUUGCACCUGGAUACCCGACGACUCUUCCAGAAACUUUCAGAGACUGUAGACUGAAAAGGAAGGGAUUGGUGAAAAAGGUUCAGGCCUUCCUAGCUCAGUGUGACACAGUUGAAAGAAGUAUUGGACAAGAAACGGAUAAACUGCAAUCAAAAAAUCUGGCCCUGGCCGAAUGAGAGUUCUGUGUAAAUUAGAGGGUAUGAUUGCUCUGAACACGAAGAAAAGUUUACUCUAUUUUGUAACACAUGCCUACCUUUAUUUUUAGAUCAUGCCUGGUUUUACUGGUGCCCAUUAGGAGUUGUUUUCUAAAUAUCAAAUUUACUCGUCAAACCUAUUCUCUAUAGGUCCUCGAAUUGUUUUUGUAUGCCCUGAUCCCAUAAAUUAAUUAUUUUAUGCUACAUUCUUAUCCCUUUUCAAGUCUCCAGGGAGCACACAUUUUAGGACAAUGGGAGAAAGCUUUUUUCCCCCAAAAUGAAUAUAAAUCAGAGGUGGCUAUUUGUGUCCUUUGUGGGAUCAGUGUAAGGUUCGCUUUGUUUCCUAUUAACCAUGUACUUAAUAUGACUAGGUCAUAUUGAAAAUCUAAUUAACUCCUACACUCCCACAUAGAUGACUGCAAAACAGCUCAUUAAUAAAAGUCGUGGCAGUAGGGCUAACAAGUCAGACCAGGUGUUUGGUGCCUUGUAGGUCGAACAGCAAGCUGACUCCCUUUUAUCAUUGUUCAGUGGGCUGUGUUGGCGUCCCAUACACACCAGUGACAAAGCAUUAGGAAUUGUCCUUCCAUGUGGCCCUGACACAGUGGACAGAUGGGUUAUGGGAGCCAGUAGCUGCACAGAGGCCAAUCUCCAAGGUCUAGAAGCCUGGUUCCAAAAGGGAAUUUGGGACAGGGGAGAGAAUGUAGUGUUUGUGAUCUUUGGGGCCAAAAAAGGAAAAACUGGGCAGGUACUAAGAAACAUAAAACUCUCAGAAGCAGGUGACAUGUACUUUCUUCAAGGACAUCUAUUUUGUUUCAAUCUAUAUCUUUUGUGAUAUGUUCACUUCUCAUUAUAUUAUUAUUUUUAUUAUUAUUAAAAUACAAGUUCAAACAAAAGGCCAAAUGAACAGAUCUGGGAGUUUUUCUUACUUAAAAAUAGAACAAGGGGGCG